AUGAAGAAAGUCAGGAACAAGAUCAUUGUGUGCAAGGACAAUCUAAGCCUCAGUGAUCAAGUCGAAAAUGCCGCAUCGGCACGCGUGUCAGGAGCUAUUUUCAUUACCGAUUUCUCUGUGUCAGAAUUCUACACUCAAAGCUCUUUUCCAGCGGCAUUUGUCGGUCUGAAAGAUGGCCAAAGGAUAGUGGACUACAUAAAGAGGAACAAUAAUCCCAAAGCGAAAUUGGAAUUUCAGAAGACAUUUAUUGGUACAAAGCCAGCACCGAUGGUGGAUAGCUACAGUUCCAGAGGGCCAUAUGCGAGGUGCCAGUAUGUCUUAAAACCAGACCUUCUAGCUCCUGGCACAUUAGUCCUAGCGUCAUGGUCUCCUAUUAGUUCAGUAACUGAAGUUGCAUCAGUUGAACUGUUCAGCAAAUUCAAUUUGGAUUCAGGCACGUCAAUGGCAACGCCUCAUGUUGCAGGUGUGGCUGCGCUUGUUAAGAAAGCAAACCCUGAUUGGAGUCCUGCGGCAAUUAGGUCUGCCCUUAUGACCACAGCAAAUCCACUUGACAACACUCAAAGUCCCAUUAAAGAUGUUUCGAAUAAAGAUCUGGCACCAGGCAGUCCUAUAGACGUAGGAUCUGGCCACAUAGAUCCCAACAAGUCACUUGAUCCAGGACUUAUCUAUGACGCUUCAGUAGAGGACUACAUAGAACUCCUUUGUGCGAUGAACUAUACAGAAAAACAAAUAAGAAACAUCACAAAAUCCACUCACAGCUGUCUAAACAAGUCUUUGGAUCUUAACUAUCCAUCUUUUAUUGCUUAUUUUAUAGGCAAUGACUCUGAUUCGGGCAAAACUGUGCACGAAUUUCAGAGGACCGUAACUAAUGUUGGAGAAGCAAUAUCCAGUUACACUGCAAAGCUGACACCCAUGAAGGGAAUAAAAGUAAGUGUGGUGCCAAAGAAAUUGGUUUUUAGGAAGAAGUAUGAGAAGCUGAGCUACAAACUUACUCUGGAGGGUCCAAAAUCAAUGAAAGAGGAUGUUGUCCAUGGGUCUUUGAGCUGGGUGCAUGAUGAAGGCAAAUAUGUUGUUAGAAGUCCUAUAGUGGCAACAGAUCUCGUCGUAGACAUUAUUGACGAUUGA